AGCGAGCGCGAGCGGCCGCGGAGGCUCGGGACCCGGCUGGCCGCGCGGCGCCGCAGCCGCCCCCUCCCCCACGCACCCCCCCCCCCCCGCGGCGGCGCGAGCGGGCGGCGGCUGUGCGGUGCGGUGCAGAGCGGAGGCGGAGGCGGGCGCGCGGGCAGCUCGCGGGCACCCGGCCGGGCGGGCGCGGGAGCGGGAAAGGGUGCGCUAUGCCUUUAACGCCCGCGUACAGUAGACAUGUAUAGUGGAGUGUAGGGAAACUCUAGGCGGGGUUAAAGUUCAGCUCAUGGAGCGGCAAUCGCGCUGGCUGGCUGGCUGCAGUUGAGCCGAGUUGGAAAUGUGAACGCAAGAAGCAGGCUUGAUUUUUUUUCUCCCCCCUUCUCUCUCUCUCUUCCUCUCUCCCUCUUUCUCCUUUCUCACCCGCACUCACGCACACCUCCAAACCGCACACCCAGACGCACACGCACACCCCACCGCCCGGCAGUUAUGUAUUCUCCGCUCUGUCUCACCCAGGAUGAAUUUCAUCCUUUCAUUGAAGCACUUCUGCCCCACGUCCGAGCCUUUGCCUACACAUGGUUCAACCUGCAGGCCCGAAAACGAAAAUACUUCAAAAAACAUGAAAAGCGUAUGUCAAAAGAAGAAGAGAGAGCCGUGAAGGAUGAGUUGCUAAGCGAAAAACCAGAGGUCAAGCAGAAGUGGGCAUCUCGACUUCUGGCCAAGUUAAGGAAAGAUAUCCGACCUGAGUACCGAGAGGAUUUUGUUCUUACAGUUACGGGGAAAAAGCCUCCAUGUUGUGUUCUUUCCAACCCAGACCAGAAAGGCAAGAUGCGAAGAAUUGACUGCCUUCGCCAGGCAGAUAAAGUCUGGAGGUUGGACCUUGUUAUGGUGAUUUUAUUUAAAGGUAUUCCGCUCGAAAGUACUGAUGGUGAGCGCCUUGUAAAGUCCCCACAGUGCUCGAAUCCAGGGCUCUGUGUGCAGCCCCAUCACAUAGGGGUUUCUGUUAAGGAACUCGAUUUAUAUUUGGCAUACUUUGUGCAUGCAGCAGAUUCAAGUCAAUCUGAAAGUCCCAGCCAGCCAAGUGACGCUGACAUUAAGGACCAGCCAGAAAAUGGACAUUUGGGCUUCCAAGACAGUUUUGUCACAUCAGGUGUUUUUAGUGUGACUGAGCUCGUAAGAGUGUCACAGACACCAAUAGCUGCAGGAACUGGCCCAAAUUUUUCUCUCUCAGAUUUGGAAAGUUCUUCAUACUACAGCAUGAGUCCAGGAGCAAUGAGGAGGUCUUUACCCAGCACAUCCUCUACCAGCUCCACGAAGCGCCUCAAGUCUGUGGAGGAUGAAAUGGACAGUCCUGGUGAAGAGCCAUUUUACACAGGCCAAGGGCGCUCCCCGGGCAGCGGCAGUCAGUCCAGCGGAUGGCAUGAAGUGGAGCCAGGAAUGCCAUCUCCAACCACCCUGAAGAAGUCGGAGAAGUCUGGUUUCAGCAGCCCCUCCCCUUCGCAGACCUCCUCCCUGGGAACUGCAUUCACCCAGCACCACCGACCUGUCAUCACAGGACCCAGAGAAUUCAAGAUGGUUCCCAGCAUCCUCGGUUCUCCUUUCUGGAAAAUCUACUCAGCAAGCCCGCACGCAACACCGUCGACUCUUCAUUUCCCGACAUCGCCCAUUAUCCAGCAGCCCGGGCCUUACUUCUCUCACCCAGCCAUCCGCUAUCACCCUCAGGAGACGCUGAAAGAGUUUGUCCAACUUGUCUGCCCUGAUGCUGGUCAGCAGGCUGGACAGGUGGGGUUCCUCAAUCCCAAUGGGAGUAGCCAAGGCAAAGUGCACAACCCAUUCCUUCCCACCCCAAUGUUGCCACCGCCGCCGCCACCACCGAUGGCCAGGCCUGUGCCUCUGCCAGUGCCAGACACAAAGCCUCCGACCACGUCAGCAGAAGGAGGUGCAGCCUCCCCCACCUCACCAACCUACUCGACACCCAGCACCUCCCCCGCAAACCGAUUCGUCAGUGUUGGACCACGGGAUCCAAGCUUUGUAAAUAUCCCUCAACAGACACAGUCCUGGUACCUGGGAUAAAAGUCGCAGCGUCCCACCAUCCACCAGACAGACCACCUGACCCCUUCUCAACUCUGUAACAUGGACGCAUCCUCAACCCAGCGCGGUUACAACUUCACUGUCAGUGGAAGGGGAGAAUCCAAUCAACUUGUACAUGGAAACAGCGAGCAUUAUGGUCAAACAACAAAGGCCAUAACCUUUUGGGAUUUUUUUUUUAAAUACUUUAGGGACUGUUGUAAUUUUCUCAUAUGGUGCUGGAAAUGGUUGGGCUUUGUAACAUUGGGAGUGUUUCCGUGGUAGCGUGAGCAUUAGGUGAUGUGGCUAGUGGAGGUCUACCCUUGCUCACUGACUUCCCGUUGUAACACACUUUCCUUACGGAGCCUGGCUGUUUCACAGUAUUUCAUGAAUUUACCCACACAGGUGUGAGCCUCCUUGAGUCAUCAGGAGGCGCAUAGAGAACGAAAUCUUUUGUAGUAGCUGAGAUCUGCAAUAUAUAACUUACGGGACAGUCAAAGGGCAAUGUUUUUCUGUAACAUAUUGGAAAAAGAAAAUGCAGUUAUGUUCCUUUUUUAUUUUUUCUUUUGGUUUGGUUUGGUUCAGCAGUCAGCAGUUAAAUAUAUAACAUGGCCCACAAGGACAGUGAAUCCACUCACGUUGCAGAACAAUUCCGAAAUGACAAACUACUACUACUACUAUUCAGUUUUUUAAAAGUUGUGAAAUGCUGCACUUACAUUUAAAAAAAAAAAAAAAACAUUUUUUCAACAAUUUCAACAAUGACACACAAAUUCACAUGGAAAUGGGGAAGAUGGUCUGUUUUGACAGAAACUGACAGGAAUCAAUCAAAACAAUCGAAUUUUGAAAUGAGUAAAGUGCAAUUUCAUUGGAUAGCUAAAUAUCUUUGUAAGAUAGAGAUUGUUGAAAAUUCUAUUUUUGUUUUUCAAGUCCUUCCACCCCAGGACUCUAAAUUAUCGGGGUAAAAAACAGCCUUGCAAGAAAAAGGGGAGCUAUUUUUGCUUUUUAUGUUUUUUAUUGUUAAACUUGUAUCCCUUUAAAAACUGAAGGAAAAUUAAAAAAAAAACAAAAAAACAAAUCUAAUGGUGCUUUUACCACGAUAUGUUAACUACAUUAAAUGCUAAUUAAUUAUUUUCUGUUAUCAAAGCACAUAACUAAAAUGAAAUCAUGGUAUCUGUUAAUUUUAUAAGCUAGAAGUCACUAUAAUGGAUUAUGCCAAUUCUGAAAAUUUUUACAUGUAUCCAGCAACAUAGGAUUUAUCAGUUAUCAGACACUUCAUUGUACCAGAGAUUGUCCAGAACUUUUCAAGACCUUUGCGCUCCUGAACUGGGCUAUGGGAAAAAAAAAUAAUAAUAAUAAUAAUGAAACCAAUACGGACAUAAAUGCUGGUGCCCAUUCAGAUCAAGGGGACCUGUUAGGGAAAAAAAAAGUUUGCACCCCCAAAUGUCCUGUAUCUUAUGUAAAAAAAAAUACACACACACAAAAAAAAAACAAAAAAAGUAACAAAAAAAGUGCAAGUGAUUUUUCUACCAGACAGCGAAGCACCCCUUUGCUUCCCAUGCAACUUCAAGAAGGUUUCCUAUACUAUACAUAUAUAUACGUUCUGGUUGGCAAGCCCUGCUGAUCAGAGAAAGUCUCUGCAUGUUCUAGUGUUAGUAACUAAUUUUUAUAUAGUUAAUGUAGGAUAAAGUAGAGUGCAUUAAGACACAAUAUUGUAAUCCCUACUCUAGGCACUUGCCUUUAAACUAUGUUUUUCAGCCCUUCAGAAGGGUUCUACUACUGUCCUAUACAAUCAAGUAACUGAAAUUCUUGGGAAGACACUUUGCUCCUCAUCUUUCCCCCCUGAAACAAUGUUGUUUUGUUUUGUUUUUUUUCCUUAAUUUGCACGAAAACAAAAAUUCCAUAUCAAUGUGCCUUGCCCUGGAUAGCGAUUAUUUGUGGAAUUGUUGCACAUGCUCCUCUAUUGAAAGGGGUUUUUCCCUCGUCAAGCAUUUGGAGACACUUUUUGUAAAUGUGACUUUUAUGUCAGCCAUCGUCAGUUUCAACAUCUAGAACUAAAUAGAGAGUUAGUUGUUCCGCAGAUAGGAGUAGUCUUUAUUGUCCUCUGUGGUCAGUGGCAGUGCUAUUCUGAGAUCUGUAGAUGGCUUUAGAAUAUCAGUAUUUUGGAUGUUGCUGCAUUUUACAGUUUAUUUGGAGUCUUCCUUUAUUCCCCCCCCCAGAUAUAUGAAAAUAUGCAAUACCUGCUUAUAUCGUGUAGAAAAGCUUAGCGAUUAUUAAUUUUUCUUUUAUUUUUUUUUAUUUGACCAAAGUCGGUGCUGCACUUGACGCAGUGUGUUUUAGGUGUUUGUCUUUGUACUUUUUUUUGUGAGUUUUGAAUGCACGUGCGCAGGAAGGGCUCCUCUUAGAGAAGCAGUCAAACUGUGAAGCACUAAGCUGACCCUGCUUCAAGCAAUUUUGUUUUUACAACUGUUCCUUUCACAAGCAAGCCUU